CCAAUGACGUGAAAAAACGAAAAAGAAACCCUAGUUUUCAGGCCCGCACAAAUCGGCCCAUUAUCAUCUCCUUCAUAUUCUCUACAUCAUCAUCAUCUUCAUUUCUCUCUCGCUCGUGAUCCGAACGCCUCUCGCUUCUCCUGGAAAAUGGCAGGAGGAUUUAGAGUUCUUCAUCUGGUGAGACCAUUUCUGGCAUUCUUGCCUGAAGUUCAAAGUGCUGAUCGGAAAAUUCCUUUCAGAGAAAAGGUGAUCUACACUGUGAUCUCCCUUUUCAUCUUCCUGGUUUGCAGUCAACUUCCACUGUAUGGCAUACACUCCACGACUGGUGCAGAUCCAUUUUACUGGAUGCGUGUCAUCCUUGCUUCCAACCGUGGAACUGUCAUGGAGCUUGGAAUUACUCCUAUUGUGACAUCUGGACUGGUUAUGCAACUCUUGGUUGGGUCAAAGAUCAUUGAAGUUGAUAACAGUGUCCGGGAAGAUCGUGCUCUUCUGAAUGGUGCACAAAAAUUGCUGGGUAUACUCAUUGCUAUUGGUGAGGCCGUAGCAUAUGUUUUAUCUGGGAUGUAUGGCAGUGUCAGCCAACUUGGAACCGGAAAUGCUAUUCUUAUUAUACUUCAGCUUUUCUUUGCUGGUAUCAUUGUCAUUUGCUUAGAUGAACUCCUCCAGAAAGGAUAUGGUCUUGGGUCUGGUAUCUCUUUGUUCAUUGCAACCAACAUUUGUGAGAAUAUCAUCUGGAAAGCAUUUAGCCCAACCACUAUUAACAGCGGCCGAGGUGCCGAAUUUGAAGGGGCAGUUAUUGCUUUGUUCCACCUACUCAUAACACGUACUGACAAGGUCCGAGCACUUCGCGAAGCAUUCUAUCGGCAAAAUCUCCCAAAUGUUACAAAUUUGCUUGCAACAGUUCUGGUAUUCCUAAUUGUUAUCUACUUCCAAGGUUUUCGGGUUGUUCUACCUGUGAGGUCAAAGAAUGCUCGUGGACAACAAGGCUCUUACCCUAUCAAGUUGUUUUACACAUCUAAUAUGCCCAUCAUUUUACAGUCUGCACUUGUUUCCAACCUGUAUUUCAUUUCACAGUUGCUGUAUAGGAGGUAUAGUGGAAAUUUCCUUGUGAACCUGCUAGGCAAAUGGAAGGAGUCUGAGUAUUCUGGUGGUCAAUUUAUUCCAGUAGGUGGAAUUGCUUACUACAUCACAGCACCUUCAAGCUUGGCAGAUAUGGCUGCAAAUCCCUUCCAUGCACUUUUCUACAUUGUGUUUAUGCUGUCUGCUUGUGCGCUUUUCUCCAAGACUUGGAUAGAAGUGUCUGGGUCCUCUGCUAGAGAUGUAGCAAAGCAGCUAAAGGAACAACAAAUGGUGAUGCCAGGACACAGAGAGUCAAAUUUACAGAAGGAGCUGAACCGGUACAUUCCAACUGCAGCAGCAUUUGGUGGUAUGUGCAUCGGUGCCCUAACAGUCCUGGCUGAUUUCAUGGGUGCAAUCGGUUCCGGCACCGGAAUCCUCCUCGCCGUCACCAUUAUAUAUCAGUAUUUUGAGACAUUCGAGAAGGAGAGAGCCAGUGAACUUGGCUUCUUCGGUCUCUGAAAACACAAUAAAAGGGACAGGGAGGGAAAAUGAAAGAGAAAAAAAAAGUCCACUCUUAGUUUGCAGUUUAGCUGGGCAGAGAAGUUCAUUAACAUCAGAUAAGCUUGAGAGCUUUUUAAGUAGUUUUAUUCGCUGCGCUGGGGAUAUUUGAUGCCUUUAAAGUCCUUGUUUUUUUUUUUUUUUUGGGUUUUAAAAAUUUUUAAUUUUUAUGGACAGUUUCAGAGGAUAGUUUCAUUUUGAAUGACCCACCUUUUUGUUGUUCUACUUAAAUUUACUUCCAACAUUAUAAUAGGUACUUAAUCAUGCGUUUGGAGCA